UUCGGCCAUCCUCCCUCCUCUCACUGAACGCAUCUUCCUCACAAGAGCACAGCUGUGUUUCAGUGAAGGGCUGGACGAGCAAGAGAUGAUUCAACCUGUGCUGAUGAAUUGAUACAGUGGAGGUCCUUAAGAUAAAAUACGACUUAGAUGAAAAACGCCAUCCAUCAAUGUCAUCAUUAUCCAUGUGUGUGUGUGUUUCAUACAUCUGUCAUCGUUUACUCAGCAACUGCAAUGCAUUCGGAGAACCCAACCUCACACCCGGGAAACCCAAAUCAAUGCAGCAGUGAUAUGAACAAACUCCAGAAACACAAUGGAAGAUCUUCCAUCCUGACCGGUCGCCAUGCAUAAAAAUCUGUGGUGUGUUGACGUACCGACAUAAACGCGACCCACACGGAUUGUCCACGUGAAGCUGUGCUCCGAUUGGCUGUGACAGCAUGCCCGUCUGCCAUCUGUUGUGACUGGCCUCUGGCAGCAGCAUGCGUCAAUGGCCGGGCUCAUGGCGCUGGAUAGCGCUGGUUCUCUUGGCCUGGGGGACGUUGCUCUUUUAUAUCGGGGGUCAUCUGGUGAAGGAGGGCGACCGCGAGCCCCGUUCCAGCCGCGAGCUGGCCAAGAUCCUGACCAAACUGGAGAGAUUGAAGCAACAGAACGAAGACCUACGGCGCAUGGCUCAGUCGCUACGAAUUCCUGAAGGACAGUCGGACGGCUCCGUGUCCUCAGGAAGACUUCGAUCUCUUGAAGAACAGCUGAGCCGAGCCAAACAGCAGAUCCACGGUUUCCAGAGACUGUCGGGAGAAGUGGGUCCCGGUCGAGACCAGGAGGAGUUGAGGAGGAAGGUGGAGAAUGGAGUGAGAGAGCUGUGGUACUUUAUUCGCAGCGAGAUCCAGAAGAUGAGUCACGUCACACCGGCGGGGCGACAGACACACAGAGAUGUGCUGCUGCAGGACCUCGGCCAUCAACAGAGAAGCAUCAUGAUGGAUCUGUAUGAGUUGAGUCAGGCAGAUGGUGCAGGUGACUGGAGAGAGAAAGAAGCGAAACAUCUUUCAAGUCUUGUGCAGAACAGAAUCUCUUACCUGCAGAACCCGCAGGACUGCAGUAAAGCCCGUAAGUUGUUGUGUAAUAUCAAUAAAGGUUGUGGGUACGGCUGUCAGCUCCAUCAUGUGGUCUACUGCUUCAUGAUCGCUUACGGCACACAAAGGGUUUUGAUUCUUGAGUCCCACAACUGGCGUUACGCCCCAAACGGGUGGGAGACGGUGUUUCAACCCGUCAGCGACACCUGCACGGACCGAUCCGGAGUCACAACUGGACACUGGUCAGGUGAAGCUCAUGAUCGUGAUGUUCAGGUGGUGGAGUUGCCCAUCGUGGACAGUCUUCAUCCCAGACCUCCGUAUCUUCCCCUCGCUAUCCCUGAAGACCUGGCGGCCCGUCUGCAGAGGCUACACGGUGACCCGUCCGUCUGGUGGGUGUCUCAGUUUGUAAAGUAUCUGGUGCGUCCGCAGGCGUGGCUGGAAAAGGAGAUCAGAGAAACGGGCAUCAAACUAGGCUUUAAACAUCCCAUAAUUGGGGUUCACGUCAGGCGGACAGAUAAGGUCGGAACAGAAGCAGCGUUUCACCCGAUCGAGGAGUACAUGGUUCACGUCGAGGAGCAUUUUCAGUACAUGUCUCAGAGGAUUCACGUGGAUAAAAAGCGUGUGUACCUGGCAACCGAUGACCCCUCACUGUUACAAGAGGCUCAAAGCAAGUAUGCAGAUUAUGAGUUCAUCAGUGAUAACACAAUCUCUUGGUCGGCGAGUUUACACAACCGCUACACUGAGAAUUCACUUCGAGGCGUCAUACUGGACAUCCACUUCCUGUCCCAGACUGACUUCCUGGUGUGCACCUUCUCCUCACAGGUGUGUCGUGUGGCUUAUGAAAUCAUGCAGACUCUUCAUCCGGAUGCAUCUUCGUUCUUUCGAUCGUUGGAUGACAUUUACUACUUUGGCGGACAGAACGCGCACAACCAGAUCGCCGUCUUCCCUCACCAGCCACGGACGGCCGAGGAGAUUCCGCUGGAGCCGGGAGACGUCGUGGGAGUGGCUGGAAACCACUGGGACGGGUUCUCUAAAGGGAUCAACCGCAAACUUGGACGGACUGGCCUGUAUCCCUCUUAUAAAGUGAAGGAGAAGAUGGAGACUGUGAAAUACCCCACAUACCCCGAAGCACACAAACUCAUGAGCUUAUAGACACAUUUAGUGUGUUUGUGUGUACAACGCACUGCGUUUUGUGUUUGUAUAAAUGAAUUAUGAUCUCAGAGACGCCACUGAGAAACAAAUCAACAACUGACAAACUCUUUUUAACACGUUGAGGUGUUUUUUUACAUUUUGUUUAUCCUACAGAUGUUUGUUUCUUUGUCUUUGUUUACAACAAAAAUGACACCUAUGGCUUACUGUAUUUAACCCCAAAAUCAAGAGAAAGAAAUAUGAUAUUUAAAGAAAGUCAAGUCGCUCUGUGAUGAUUUUUUAAAGCUUAUUUUCCCUCAUAAAUGCUCUGGACUGUAAUCAGAAAAACAUGGUUAUUUAAACAUCAUGGUAGAUCUUUCAUUUAUACUGAGUUUUAGGGUGAAAAUCAUUGUGAAUCUUAUUUAAUGAGACGAAAAAAUCUGAUAGAGAAAAAGGAAAACGGAUUAAGGACAGUGAUGGGAGUCGGGGAGAAAUUUGCCUAAUUUAUGUGAAAUGAUGAGAUAUCUGCUUAAUAACGUCAAUGGAAAAUCCUAAAAAAAUAGAAAUCAUUUUAUAUGCAAAUGACAUUUUCUUGGUGAUUUCUGCGUGAAAUGUCCUAUUGAGAUCACACCACACGCUGAGUUUCUCAUUUCUUCCUUUCAU